ACACGAAAUGCAAUUGACAAGACACUUGAGGCUGAAAACACGAAUCUUUACCACAAGCUUGGUUUACAUUGGAGGCUUUCAAGACAAAGAUGUGAUAAUUCUUCAUUUAUGGAAUAUGUUCUUGUGAUCGAAGUGAUCCCCAAAAAGGACAUCUUGAGGCCCGACUGACGAAGCAGGUGGGCCUCAUCCCUCAAGCUUUACCAAGAAGUGGUGGGACUAAGGCUGCUGACGAAAGUGACAGAACUGUUUAUUCUGUGGAGUGUGAUGCUGUGUCAAUCUCAUUUGAAGAUAGAGCUUGAAGUUACAUCUAUCUACACACCGCUUCUUCUGUAGUGUUUAUAUUGGUCAUUUUGUAUUUCUUUGGAUAUUCAUAAUUUCUGAUUAUGAUGCACUAUAUUGUAUAUAUAUAUAUAUGAUAUUUAUGGCAUAUAAUAUGAAUGUACAGUAAGGCUUUUGUAUCGUGUUUUGGUUUCUAUGAGAUUUUAGAGAUUAUAACCCGGAUGGUUUAAAUAUAAAUGCAUAUGUGUAAACAUGCAUGCAUAUUUGUGAAACCAUACAAAAUUCUUUGAUUAAUAUUCGGUGCUACUUUGGUUUGUUAUCCACAUGUCGCCUCUGAGGUGCCUAGUACUGAACAUGGCAGAAGCUCAAUGGGACGAUGUGUUUAUUACUAGCCCCUCGAGUUUCGAGGUAUCAUACACACCCAUUUCUAUAUUGUGUGGUUACAAUUUAUAUUAAUAAAACAAUAUCUUUGAUCCCCGAGGGCUUAUUACUAAACAUGGUGUCCCAUUGAGCUUCCGCCAUGUUUAGUACCAUCACCAUCGGAGGUGAUGUGUAAGAUAACAGGUCAAAGUAGCACCGUAUAUUCUUAUGCACAUUCUACUUCUUGUUUGCAGACAGUUGCAGUGAUAGUUAACAUAUACUUUGAUACUUUGUACACUUAUCCAGACAAAAAUGCAUAAAUGGCAACAUAUACGCUAGUAUUUGGUACACUUCUACAGUAUUCACUUGCAGGGUAAGGGGUGAAUAAGUUACCAUGAAUCACGUUUUUUUAAUUUAUGUUUUCUUCUGGUACUUUUUUUGUAGUUUUUUCUGGCUUCUAACUGUAACUGUUAACAAACUCUUUCCUCUCUUAUUAGUUAAUUUUUUCUCUGUUCAUCAGGUUGUGCCUCAUCCUGUAUGUGCUUACUUAGGCAUAGUUAAAACAGAAAUGACAUUUAGUGAGUACAACACAUUAUACUUUUAGUAAUGUAUAAAACUUCAAGGAUUCCUCAUUUGUGGUCAUGUAUGGAAUUAUUAAUGUUAUGCUGACAUAAAUUCAGUUGUGGAUUAUCAAAAUACAGUGAGCAGAAAUAAAGUUUGGGAAAUUGGAUCCAAAAAUCUUUACUUCAUUCAGAAAUUAAUUUGCAUUUGCAUAUCUCUUGUUUAGAAAUUUGCUGUGUCUGAGGAUUUAUGUCUCAGAAGUUUUUAACUUGAUACGGGUAAGCUUAUCUUCCUUUCAUCGGUAACUGUAACGUAAGUAGAUAAAGAUGAAUUAAUUGGUGUUGUUCAUUUGAUACCGUCAAUUUGUGCUAUUGUCGUUGCCAUGUAAAUGGGAGAAAAGAAUUUGCAAAGUCCUAAGCCUGUCCUUACGCCUAGCUAGUGGUUUGAAGAGCAGUACAUAUUUAAAAGCUGUUUCAGUGACACUUUCACUCUCUCUCUCAUGACGUAUGUUGCGACACACCCUGGCAGCCCAGCUAGUACCUUGCUGAAUAGAACGUGCUCACGUUUUAAAUGCUUCUCCUAUUGCACUUCUUUGCUUCAUGCACUCCUGCAAAUUAAUAACGAACUGUUUCUGAGCCUUGUCGCAGUAGACAGAGAUGACCAGUGAUUAUUGCAUGUGUGGUAUCAGUGAUUUUUAUGAGUUGCCUGAAGUAGUGUUCUUUCAGUAGGGACAAGGAGCAAUUUUGCCAUUACUGAAUUCCAGCCACUAGUUCAUCAAUACAUAUACAUAUAAAUGAACUAGUGGUUGGAAUUCAGCAGUGACAAAAUUUGUAACUGAUGUUAGGGUUUACUUGUAAAAGGUAUAUUAUCCUAAUGAGAAGAUCAAGAAGGUUACUUGAGAGUGUAAGUACAUAUUUAAGUUUAAAGAUGCCCUGACACCAUGACAACUUGAUUAAAAAUUUUAGUUUAAGCCGCAACUCUUCAGUUGCCAUUACCUACUGCAAAUCCAGCAAGGUAUUCUGUAUAGUGCAAGUACAUUUCCUGUUUGCUGUCUAGGGAAAUUCUGAUUUUCAUUUUGCCUUUAUUAUGAAAUAAAUUUUUUUUUUGCCUUUGUUGUUAAAGAAAGUCCAGAAAACACUUUUUUUGAUAGAUCCCAAAAUAUUAAUACUAAUGUCGAGCUUUUUAAUGCCAGUCGAGAUAUAUGAUAGGUAAGAUGAGUUUGUCUCUAAAAAUUUUUAUACUCCACAUCGAUGGAAAAGUUGUUCCUCAAGGGUAGUUUGUCCAAUAUUAAAGUUUAAAAAAGCCUGUACUAGGACUAGGAAGGAUCUUUUCCUGAGUGCUAUUAUACAUGUAAAAGAAGUACAACUUUGGCUCCAUCUACUAGUGUCUUUAAGAUUUGAAAUAAAUGUAAAUCAUUCCAAAAAUAGAGCUCUAAUCACCUUAUUACUACUUUGACUCGGUGGUGAAAUUUUAACUAAAAUACUGUCAAGGGAACUGAAAAUGUUGACCUUUAUUUUGUAUGAUCCUGAUUCACAGAAGUAUGGCAUUUACAUUCAGUUUGUGAAGAAGUACUUUACUUUAUUAUAGUUUUUGCUGUCAUAUCUGUUUUGAAUAUAUCUGUAUAAAAAGUGACAUUGUAGUAUACGUAUAGUGAGUUAUGGCAUGGCAGAAUCAUCCCAAAAGUGAAAACUUCAUUUAAUUUUGUUUUUCACUUUGGUACACAAGGUAAAUUUACAGGAAAUAUGUGUUCACAGGUUGAUGGAAAAAGUUCAAAGAUAGGAGUGAAAGUCUUGAUGUGUGCAUAAUUCCAAUGUUUUACAUUAAUGAGCAGUUGGUUCGAUGGGCAAGAAAAUCUGGUUUACUUGCAUUUUUCAUAAUGUUUAUUGCCAACAUUUUCAUUUACUCCAGUUAUUUGGCAAUGUAGAUUCAAAUUACUUAGCUGUUAAAUUGUAAGUUUAUUACUUACCUGUUCAAUCAUAAAUUUAGACAGACAGAGUUUAAAAACUAGAAAAGGAUUGGUGGGAAAGGAUUCUGAUUAUAAAGGAAAGAUAUUUAUACUGGACUGUGAGCUCAGCAUCUUGAAAUUAAUGUUUUGCAGCUCUGGAGCAAUGUUUAUUGUGGGAAUAUUACAUUCUCUACAUUUAAUAGGGAUAGUCAUGUACAGUAAGUUGAUAUUAUUGUUUUUGCAUCGUUGAGCUCUGUAAUCCUAGUUUAGGAUUGAAGGUGAACAUAAUCUCCAAUUACAGACGAUAUUACUGUUAGAUGUGCUAUCAGCAUAAGUCUCCUUAUCUAUGCUGGGAUCAUGUUAUUAGAGGGUUGAGUGAUUGGCUGAACAAUUGCUGUUUCAGGUAUGAGCUACAUGAGAUUUUCCAAAACACCUCUUUUGAAGUUCUGUCACAAGUUGCUCUUGAAAAUCAAGCUUCCAAAGUCACAAAUCAUUCAUGUGAAAGUAGAGCGCACAUGCUUUGGUUAUUGCAGGUUGCUGUAUUAGAUCAAAUUUUGUUUAUUUUUUAAAGUCAAACCUUUUCUUGCCAAGAGUGAGAUUAAAACCGUUUGACUCUGGUCAGGUUAAUCUACUUAAUUAUAUUAACAUUGAGAGCAAAUAUCUGCAAGAUUUUAUGGAAGCUGUUAAUUAAAAAAGAAAAUUAUUUGGGUUGAGCUAUUUUUAUUACUUAUCAUUAGUGGAUAACAAAUAUUGGGAUGGCAUAGAAAUUCAUGUUAUGUAGCACUUUUUUCAUGGAAGAUGCAUUCUUUCAGCAAUUAAAAGAAAAGUGUCAAAGAUUAGCUUGUGUUGAAGUAGAACGUUGGUAUGCUGUAAAGGGGUGACAAUUGCUAAAGAUACCAAACACGGCAUAUUCUGCAUUAUGCAUAUUUUAUCUUGUCUUGCACUUUUGGAUAUCUUGAAUUUGUUCUUUAUAUCUGUUCAUAUCUUUCUAGGUUUGCAGAUUUCAUUCCUGACUGAUGCUUAGAUUUUUUUGGUAAAAACUGGCCUGAAGUCAUUUGAUUUUUUACCUGAUUAUUCAUUAAUAAAAUUCUAUAUAUUUUAAUUUCUUGGGAAAGUAAAUACAGCUUUGUAUAAAGUGGCCUUGGAAUUCCAUGGAGAAUUUUGCAAACUGAUUUAAAAUUGCAGUGGCUCUGAAAGCAGAUCUAUAUAUUUAAAGCUAUUUUUUUAAGUUAGUGAAGCUGGGAUCUUGCAAAAUUAUGAGAAUCAAUGAUGCACACUUGUUAAAAGGACAAAAUGGAAGUUACCCUAGGAUAGGUAUUACAGCCAUUACAAAGGGGAAGCUAUUGUAAGCCAGUUUUCUUUGUCAUGAAGUUCUGUGUUAAUACAUAUAUCCAAUACUUUAGAUUUUGCUCAAACUUGAAUCUUUCAGUUAUGAAUAUUUAUAUUAUUUUGUAAGGCAAAUGUUGUCCUUAAUUACUUUAUUUUAGUAGCAUUUUAAUGCUAGCUAAGCAAUAUUAAGUUGUGCUUGAAGAGGUUUGUCCGAAUGUUGGCUGUUCAGUUGCAGUUGUGGCUGUCAAAUGUAUGAUUUGGGUGCUAAAAUGUAAGAGAAACUAGUUUUUUUUUAACGUAAAUAUCCGUAGCCUCUGAAACAGGAUGUCUCCCAUGAAUAUUUAUUAGUUGCUGGUUUCGUAAAUGGCUGCUCUGGAUACAUUAUUGACUUCUGUUCAUCUUUCCAUUGACUUCUUUCGAACACUUGAAAAUGCAUUCCUCAGAAACUUGAAAUAAUUUUACAACUUGGACACACAUGGUUGAUAAAUAUAUUAUGCUUUAUCUUUUUUAAAUAUCAUUGACAGGCUGACGUGCUGCCUGUAUUGUAUAUAUGUAAGCAUAAACAAGCUGCAAAGUUUUGCAUAACUUACAUGUGUGCAUGACUUCACAUGACUUUGCCAUAAAUUGUACAGUUGAUUAUUUGCAUUUAGCAAUGAUUGCCAGUUUGUGUAGGAAAAUAAUAUAACACAAAAAUUCAGGGGUAAAAAGAUAUAUUAUGACUGUAAAUUGUAGUUGUUAACAAAUGUUAAUGAAGCAGUUCAUUAAAAUAUGAGAAGCUAGCUUAGAAUACAGUAGGUGUACAGUUAACUCUAGAACUAGAAGGUGUGAAGUGGCCUUCUUUCUAGAUGGUACUGCAAAGUUAUUGUGCAAAUUUCGUCGAUUACUGCAUUUGAGAGCAAAGGAACUCGGCCGUAUGGAGUCUGAUGCUAAGGACAUGAUUUCUUAGGUGCAUUCAAUGUAGCACAGUGGAGUCUGUGCUCUUUAUCUUGUUUAAGUUACAGGUUUCCUCUGACUAAUUAUUAAACUGUGAAGUGUCAUAAAGUUUCAUUAGUUACAAGUUUACAACACGCUGUUCGGGUGGGUAUUCUCUUUUUAUAUUCUUCAUUAAUCAUGUAGUUUGGUUUAACUCCUCUUUUUUUUUGUGCAAGAUCUAUCUGAUAAACUGUAACCUGUUGUGAUUAUAAAAUUUUCUUUGGGAUGGAAUAUGAUGGCCUCUCUCCAUCUAAAUGUAUUUGAAAUGUACAAAGUGAAAUUAGAAGCUCAUAAGGCACGUCUGAUAGUCCCAAUUGAUUUCAAGAGGGUUUUUGAUUUCCUUGAACUUGCACCACAGGCUGUAUGUCAUUUCAUUAACAGCUCUGAUUAUUUUCUAACAUAACAUCAAAAAUGUGUUUUGCAGUAGUCAAGUCUGGGUUAAUCACAGACCCCAGUCUCAUGCUAGAAUUGGUUAGAAGUGGCAUGUUUUAUAAUGUAGAUGUCAAAAAAAGGGUCACAUUUCCAGUUAAUGGAAGGGUUGAGCUGUGCCAGUCGAAAUGUGCUCAAAGGAUUUUUUUUUUUUCUCACUUAGCAUAUGUGAUUUGAUGUGACAUGACUACUUGCAAAAGAUAAUGAACAGUUGAUUCCCCCCGUGUAUUUUAGGAAGUACUACUAAAUAUAUUAUCUAUGAUGAUUAGGGAAAGUUUACUUAUAUUCAUAUAUAUAGAGUAUUUUUAAUUCAGUGAUGUAACAUGAGCAUUUUGUCCUGCUGGUGAAAUUUAGUACUUGAAACUCAGCAUUCAAAUGUAGCUGAUGUGUAGAAUACAAUAAGGGAAUUUUUUGGGGUUAUUUGCAUAUUUAUGGUUUCUUUACUCCUUGUUUGGUGUCAUAAGUAUUUUUACCUCAAUUUUUAAGACUGCUCAGUGUCAAAUAGCUCCAAGAUAAUUUGUUGAUUUUUUGUAACAUGGGAAAAGUGAUACAGCAUGAGACUGUGUUUUUUGGUAAAGUUAUUCCUGAUGUCUGAAGGGACUGCAUUUUUAAUGAUCCGUCAUUCCCACAUACAAGAAUGCUUAUGAUACAACUCUGAAAUCUAGGAAAUAAAAAAAACAGGAGAGAUAAUAGUGGGCUAGUAUGCAUAGCAUUCAGAUAUACUUAUUGUGUUGACAACAUGAUUUUCCCAAAUUUUAAGUACAGUACAGUAUAUCAAGUAUGAACAAAUUAUUAUAUCUUUAUUCACUGUGAUAAAUAAAGAGGAAAAAGUA